CUCAAGCUGGGGACCCUACACCCAUCAACUCAACUCCUGCCUCUCUUUUCUUCAAUCAGGUGAGGGGAAACUGAGUCCCAGGCCAGGUUCAAUGAGUGCAGAGGGCAGGAACAGAGUUCCCUAGGCCUGGGCGUGGACAAAGCUUGAACACCUUGGACCUGUGAAUUCAGCCCCCUCCCUUUCUUGUCUAGUCAAAGAGGAACUUGCAGGAGCUUGGAUGUGAGGAGACAACCCAGACGGCACUAUUUCCACCCCCACACCGCAGGCAGGCACCUCUGGGUCUGUGAGACCUGGCACACAGUUCUUCCCCUAAGGCUGCCAAGAUAGCGAGACACCGGGCAGUGCCAGGCCGGCAGCAGCCGCAGCGGAUCAAUCGUUCUAGGAGGCGACCAAGGCCAGCCCAAUUUCUCUAUAGCAGGGAAGAGGAGCCUGAAUGGGAGGCCCCCAUGGGGGACUCCACGGACCUGAUCUGCUGCUGCUGCUCUGCUAGGAGGUCCCCCAGGGCCACACUGGAGCUGAGCGGGGGGGUUGAGCGCUGCUGUUGCGCCCUGGAGCGGCUCUGGGCAUCGCGGCCCGCUUCUCGCAGCCGCCUUGGCCAGUCAGUCCGGCCCCAAGACACCUGUCACUGGCCUCUCAACCUUCCCAUGCCGGGGGUCUGGAAGCAUGGGGCUGCCCAGGCUCGUCGGUGCCUUCUUGCUGGCCGCCUGCUGCUGCUGUCGCUGCGCCUUGGGUGUGCCAGGAGCGGCAGAGCAGCCCGCGCCAGAGCCGGAGCUGGUAGAAGCAGAGGUGGGCAGCACGGUCCUUCUGAGGUGUGGCCCUGUACACUCCCCCGGCAACCUCAGCCACGUGGACUGGUUUUCUGUCCACAAGGAGAAGGAGACACUCAUCUUCCGCUUGCACCAGGGCCAGGGCCAGAACGAACCUGGGGAGUACCAGCACCGCCUUAGCCUCCAGGGUCCAGGGGCUACUCUGGCCCUGAGUCAGGUGGCUCCUCAUGACGAGCGCAUCUUCCUGUGUCGGAGCAAGCGCCCUCGGCUCCAGGACCACCGUAUCCAGCUCCAUGUCUACAAAGCUCCAGAGGAGCCAACCAUCCAUGCCAAUGUCGUGGGCAUCCCUGUGGACAGCAAGGAGCUUGGGGAGGUUGCUACCUGUGUAGGGAGAAAUGGGUACCCCAUUCCUCAAGUCAUCUGGUACAAGAACGGUCGGCCCCUGCAGGAGGAGAAGAACCGUGUCCACAUUCAGUCAUCACAGAUUGUGGAGUCAAGCGGCUUAUACACCUUGCAGAGUGUUCUGAAGGCACAAUUGGUUAAGGAAGACAAAGAUGCCCACUUUUACUGUGAGCUCAGUUACCGGCUCCCCAGCGGGAAUCACAUGAAGGAAUCUAAGGAAGUCACCGUCCCUGUUUUCUACCCUGCAGAAAAAGUAUGGUUGGAAGUAGAGCCCAUGGGUAUGCUGAAGGAAGGGGACCAUGUGGAAAUCAGGUGUUUGGCUGAUGGCAACCCCCCGCCCCACUUCAGCAUCAACAAGCAGAACCCCAGCACCAGGGAGAUGGAGGAAGAGAGAACCUCAGACAAUGGCAUCCUGGUCUUGGAGCCUGCCCAGAAGCAACACAGCGGGCUCUAUGAGUGUCAGGGCCUGGACUUAGAAGCUAUGAUACCACUGUUGAGUGACCCCCAGGAGCUGCUGGUGAACUAUGUGUCUGAUGUCCAAGUAAGUCCUGCAGCACCUGAGGGCCAGGAAGGCAGCAGCCUUGUGCUAACCUGUAAGGCAGAGAGUAACCAGGACCUCGAGUUCCAGUGGCUGAGAGAAAAGACAGGCCAGGUGCUGGAAAAGGGUUCUGUGCUCCAGUUACACAACCUUAAACGGGAGGCAGGGGGAGGCUACCUGUGCAUGGCAUCUGUCCCCAUUGUUCCUGGCCUGAACCGCACACAGCUGGUCAACGUGGCAGUUUUUGGGCCCCCGUGGAUGGCCUUAAAGGAAAGGAAGGUACGGGUGAAAGAGAAUGCAGCGCUGAAUCUGUCUUGUGAGGCCUCAGGACAUCCUCGGCCCACCAUCUCCUGGAAUGUCAAUGGCACAGCAAGUGAACAAAACCAAGAUCCCCAGACGGUUCUGAGCACCCUGAGUGUCCUUGUGACCCCAGAGCUGUUGGCAACAGGCGCAGAAUGCACAGCCUCCAACUCCCUGGGCAAAAACACCACUGUCAUCGUCUUAGAGCUCGUCAGUUUAACGACCCUCACACCUGACUUCAACAAAACCACUGGCCUCAGCACCUCCACGAUCAGUCCUCAUGCCAGAGCCAACAGUACUUCCACAGAGAAAAAGCUGCCAGAGCUGGAGAGCAAGGGCGUGGUCAUCGUAGCUGUGAUUGUGUGCAUCCUAGUCCUGGCCGUGCUGGGCGCUGUCCUUUACUACUUCUACAAGAAGGGCAAGCUGCCCUGCGGGCGGUCGGGCAAACAGGAGAUCACGCUGCCCGAGUCUCGUAAGAGCGAAUUUGUAGUUGAAGUUAAGUCAGAUAAGCUCCCAGAAGAGAUGGGCCUCCUACAGGGCAGCAGCGGUGACAAGAGGGCUCCAGGAGACCAGGGAGAGAAAUACAUCGAUCUGAGGCAUUAGUCACUGAAUCACACAGCUCCCUCCCCGCCUGGACUGUUUCUGGCUUCCUGCUCACUUUUUUCCCAGCCAAAGCCUUCAAAGGGACAACAAAGAAGACCCAGCUCACCAAUCCAGAGGGUCAGGACCACAGCUGUCCUGAGAAGGACCACACUUGGCCCGGCAGGCCCCCUUUCAGGGACCAGUCCAUUUCCAUGUCCAUUUAGUUGAUGCACAUCCUAACAAUGGGCCUUGGCCUCCCAGGAAGGGGAGGAGUUUCUUGCAGGACAUGUUUCCUCCUUACACGUACUAUGGCUAUAAAUCCGUCUUCUACCAGCAGUUUACUGGGGUGUCUUACCCCAGGCUACUUCAGUAACUCAGCUGUACCACUGAUGUGAGGAUACACAGGGGCAGGGCACCUGUUCCUGGUACAGUGUGCUGUUCACCCGACUCUGGAGAGGACCCCACAAUAUCCCGAGGCAGCUGCAGAAUUCCUGCUGUGCCUCCCUGCUUUCCCCCACCACACCACCACCCUUCAGUCUCUUGUGACAUUUUUCUUUGGGCAGAAGCCAGGAACUGAUGUCAUUUCUUCACGUACAUCCCUACAGUGGGGAAGCUGGGCACUACUUUCAAGGGAAGGUGGUUGAGCUUGAGCUCCCCUGUAUUCUUGGUGCCCUCAGAAUCAUGAAACCGAGAGGGGGCAGACUAGAAGACAAAGAUGAAGUCAACUGUCCUUGAUGGGGAUUAAGACUACAGUUAUAUUGGCACCAAAUUUCCACAAAGUGAGCUAAUGGGAGAUGGUACUUAAGAGAUGAAAUAUGGGCCUGGCUAGAGCUUCAGGGGUAUCGCUCUCUUCGCGCUGUGUGUGUUUGUGUGCGUAUGUAUAUGAUUUUGUUAGGUUGUAAAUUUACAAAUUGUUUCCUUUUUAUAUAAAGUGUGUGUGUGUGUGUGUGUGUGUGUGUGAAUAAGAAAAAUAAAGCUUAAUUGUCCCAGAAGCCUAAUGUUGCUGUCUUAAUUGUGGGCAUCAUGGACGUGGGGGCUUCUGGAACUUAACUGCAUCCAAAGAAACUGCUGUCCCUUUGCAGUGGACAGUAGGGAUGGGCUUCCUGUUUCUGAGCAAAUGGCUUCAGCUCUACUCUAGAGAAGACAGUUCUACCUCUCAGCACACCAAAGGACAGGUCCCCUGCCUCAGCAGAGCAGCUUACAGGGCCAGGCAGGCUGUUGGCCAG